AUGCGAGAUUUCUCAACAAGUCUCCGCCGAUUCAGCCAAGUUUUUCCAGCAUCAUGGCUCAGGUUCUAUUUCAUAAUGGCCUCAAGAAGCCAAGCCGGCGUUAUUUCCAAUCAUCCUCUAAGUGAAAAAAUAAAUCAACCAUCGUAUUCAUUAUCUUCCUCUUCGCUUUCUAAUCCUAACAAUUCACUUGUUUCACUAACUUCACUUCCAAUUGAACUUGUAUCAGAAAUCUUUUGUAGACUUCCAGUGAAGCUUCUCCUUCAACUUCGAUGCCUCAACAAAUCUCUAAAUUCUUUAAUCUCUGAUCCAAAAUUCACAAAAAAGCAUCUUCAAAUGUCAAUCACGCGCCACAACGUCGUCUUAAAAUCCAAAGAUAAGUCCCAUGUAAUCUCUUACCCACUUCAAUCCAUUUUUAACUCAAUCAUCCUUAACCCUACCCAACAUGAUAUCCCUUUCAACGAAAAACACUUCAACAUCAUCGGAUCUUGUGAUGGAAUCCUUUGUUUAGUUGUCAACCUAUUCUCUGUUAUUCUAUGGAACCCUUCCAUUCAAAAGUUCAAAAGGUUACCUUCUUUGAAAAAUCCAUUUCAAAGAGAUAGAGAUGUUAAUGUGGAAUAUGGUUUUGGAUAUGAUACAUCAAUUGACAUUUAUAAGGUGGUUGCUAUUUUUAUUAAUGCUAGUGUUAAAAAAGCUAAAAUUAAGGUUCAUGUUUUGGGUACUAAUUCUUGGAGAAUGAUUCAAGGGGAUAUCCCUGUUCCGGUUAUUGGAUCAUUGUGUUUUGUGAGUGAAAUGUUAAAUUGGUUGGAUUAUACUGAUUAUAAUAUUAUCUCUUUUGAUAUGGUGAAUGAAUCAUAUAACAAGUUUAUGCUACCUAAUUAUGGAGUUGAAAAUAUAGCUAGUGUGGUUUUAGAUGUAUUGAAGUGUUGUUUGAGUAUCAUAGUUCAAAGAUAUGAUUUUUGUGAUGUUUGGCAAAUGAAGCAAUAUGGAAAUGAAGGGUCAUGGACUAAAUUGUGUCGAGUUUCUUUUCCUUCGUUUGUUACCCAUGCUAAGGCAUUAUGGAUUUUCGACGAUGAUCAAUUCUUGCUGGUACGUGAAGAAUUAUUGAAAACGGAUAUGGUUGCUUUCGAUAUUAAUAGUAGUAGUUUUAUGAUUCCAAAGAUGCAAAUUAGUGAUGGCUUGGUUUACGCUAAAAUGAAAAUGUCAGACCCUAAUAUUGAGGGUCUAUCGAUACAUGAUGAAGGCGAAGAAGAAGGUUUCUGUUUUGAUGUGAAAAACGGUAGCGUUGAAGCGGUUGAUUUUGCUGGUGUCUUGUAA